UCCCACAAGAGUAGGGUCUGGGGAGGGUCUGUGUACGCAGACCUUGCCCCUACUCGAAAGUAGAGAGGCUGUUUCCAAAGAGACCCCCGGCUCAACGUCGAAAGUUGCAUUGCUUGACUAACUGCUACUUCAUUAAUUAAAGAAGCGCAGACAGUUUAGAGAUCCAUUUUGAUUUAUUCAUCACACCCCAAAGCCAAAAAAAUGAUGAAAUUUUGGCUCCAUCGGAGAUGAUGGAAAUAAAAUCAUGUAUUAUAGACAUUAACAAUGAACAUAUAGACAUUAACGAUAAUAGACAUUAUUAGAGUGAAACAUCGAAUUUGUUGGCUACACGUAAGAAGAGGGACUUAUGUUCUGUAACCGAUGAAAAUGCUCAGAGUUUGCCCAUGUGAUCUCUCCCUCUCUCAAUCAUCCAUUCCCCUUUCGAUCGACUCUCUUGUCUUCUUCUACAUAUACUCACAGUUUCGCUUCCGUCUGUGUCACUGAGAGUGAGUGAAGGGUUGGCGUUUUUUCUUCUUUUUCUUUUCUUGGUCGGAGAAAAUGAAGAGAUUCAUCAUCACCGCCGGACAGAGGGCGGCGCCGUCGUCGCGAUCAACAGGUUUUUUGACCACCUCCCGUUCUUUCUCCACCGUCGACGCGUCUCUCCGAGAUAAUGUCCCCGUUCUCCCCAGAAUGCCCUUCUUCGACUACUCCCCGCCUCCUUACGCCGGCCCCUCCGCCGCCGAGAUCCUCCAGAAGCGCCGGCGUUAUCUCAACCCCGCGAUAUCCCACUUCUUCAAGAACCCGUUGAAUUUGGUUGAUGGAAAGAUGCAGUACCUGUUUGACGAGGACGGGCGGCGGUAUCUGGACGCAUUCGGAGGGAUCGCCACCGUGUGUUGCGGCCACUGCCACCCUGAGGUGGUGGAGGCGAUUGUCACCCAAACAAAGCGGCUGCAGCAUUCCACUGUGCUGUAUCUGAAUCACACUAUCGCCGACUUUGCCGAGGCACUUGCUUCCAAGAUGCCCGGAGAUCUCAAGGUUGUUUUCUUUACCAAUUCUGGGACAGAGGCCAAUGAGCUGGCCUUGCUAAUGGCGAGGCUGUAUACCCAAACUCAUGACAUUGUCUCGAUAAGGAAUGGUUACCACGGCAAUGCGUCUGCUACGAUGAGUUCUACUGCACAGUCUAGCUACAAAUUCAAUAUCGUGCAGACAGGAGUGCACCAUACAUUGAAUCCUGAUCAGUAUAGGGGCGUGUUUGGCUCGGAUGGGAAAAAGUAUGCUAGGGAUGUUGAUGAUGUUAUCACCUAUGGGACAACCGGCUGUGUUGCUGGUUUUAUUGCUGAAGCCAUACAGGGUGUUGGGGGAAUCAUGGAACUGGCUCCGGGUUACUUGCCAGCUGUGUAUAGUAGUAUUCGAAGUGCUGGAGGUCUAUGUAUAGCCGAUGAGGUCCAGUCAGGCUUUGGUAGGACAGGGAGCCAUUUUUGGGGGUUUGAGGCCCAUGGAGUUGUGCCCGAUAUCGUCACCAUGGCAAAGGGAAUUGGGAAUGGCAUUCCACUUGGAGCUGUUGUCACCACACCAGACAUUGCAAAUGCCUUGACGAACCGGUGUUAUUUCAAUACCUUUGGAGGGAAUCCCGUGUGCACAGCUGGCGGUCUAGCUGUCCUUAAAGUGCUAGAGAAAGAGAAGCUCCAACAGAAUGCGCUAACCGUGGGGUCAUAUCUCAAAGAUCGUCUUGUUUCUCUUACAGAGAAGCACGAAAUAAUUGGUGAUGUAAGGGGACGCGGUCUGAUGCUAGGAGUUGAACUUGUGACUGAUAGGAAGUUGAAGACUCCUGCAAAGGUUGAAACACUGCAUCUAAUGGAAGAAAUGAAAGAUAUGGGAGUACUUAUAGGGAAAGGCGGGUUUUUCGGGAACGUAUUCCGAAUCACUCCUCCGCUUUGCUUCACCAAAGAAGAUGCUGAUUUUCUUGUGGAUGUGAUGGAUUACUCUAUGUCAAGAAUGUGAAGCGUGAAGUCGACCGAGCCAUUGCUGCCUCUUCCUCCCGUGGAGCCAAUUAUUCUUUUGUCACACAUACUCCGUCUAUUCACAUUUAACAGACCAUUAUGUCUUCAGUUGCAUACAAAAUUGAAUGAACAUGGACACACAUCAUGUCUACAUUCAUUCAACUUUUGAUGUAGAAGUCAUAAUGGCCAUUUAAAUGUGAAUGGAGGGAGUAUCGCUAUUGUUGUUUGAAUAGCCAUCAUCAAAGCAAAGAUAUAUAAAAAUAAUAGCCAUGUAUGGGCAGGGUGAUUAUGGGACAUCACCUCGUUGUCUCCAUCUCUCACUCCAUUAUUCUUUGAAUGAUUUAUUGGCAUGUUUAUAUAUAUGGUAGGGCUACAAAACAUGCAGUUUCUUUUGAAGUCUAUGUUUUCUUCUUUUUUGUGGACUCAAAUCUGAAGUUUGUUGUAUGAAAUUUCAAUUGUUAAGGUUGUUGUCUU